AUGGACGUCGACUCGGAACCGACACCCCGAAGAGGCGUCCGCAAGUCCUCAGGGCAGCCAGCCGGAGCCCCGACACCCAGACGCUUCCGUUCGGCUUCUCAAGCCGAGGCUGCUCGCACCUCGAACGCGUGCCAGAUUUGCCGCGAUAAGAAAGUCAAAUGCUCGGGCCAGCAGCCUUGCAAGUAUUGUGCCAAGCGGGGGCUGGAGUGUGUGUUUGCGGCGUCGGAGAAGAGGAAGCUGUAUUCCGUCUCGCAGAUACGUGAGCUUGAGAACAAAGUCGCUUUCUAUGAGCGGCAGAGCAGGGAGCAGUCUGCUCCUGCGGCUACGACAUCCUCAGGGCCGACAUCGCCCAUGUGGCGUAUGCCUUCAGAUGAGGCAAACGGUACAUCAAGUGCCCAACAGGAGCCCCCACAGGAAGAUUCGUGUAUCUCAGUCAGCGUGCUCUCACCUACAGGUUUUGACCAGCCCGAGACAACCGUGUCUCAGGCCACGUUGUCCCCCACAUUUGAGAGAAUAAGAGCCAUUGAAGUCUUACCUGCGACGACAUCUUCACCCACACGCACUAACAGGGCCAUCGCUCCUGAGUCGGCCCUCUCCUCCUCUGAGACAUUCGGGUCCGAGAUCAAGACUCUUCUAGUGUCCCGCUCGAACCCGGGCUCCGCUGCCAGUCCGGCUACCAACACCGCCGUGUCCCCGCUCCCACGCAUCGACCGCCGCGGGCUGCUGGAGGCUAUCGGUCCGUGGCCUACGGAGGAAGAGGCUCAUGCUAUGCUUGAUAUUGUCGUAUUCAACGUCGGCAUCUCGCAGCAGCUGUUUGAUGUUCGCGCGUUCUCAGAUAAUCUGUCCAUCCUAUAUCAAGAUUCCGCUGCGGAAGUACGGCUUUCUGAAAUAUGGAUCGUAGAGGCGCUGUUGGUAUUUUCGGUGGGGAGGCUGCUACAGAGCAGAGACGAUGAGAAUGGCGAUCUGCCUGGGACAAGUUUCUUCCGCGAGGCGGUAAAGAGAACGCCGUUGCUGAGUGAGUUGCGGAAGCAUGGUAUUAUUGGAGUUGAAGUGAUGGCUUUGACGGCGUUAUACCUUCAGAUUGUGGAUCGAAAGGAUGAUGCUUAUAUUCAUUCCAACACUGCCUUGAGGUUAGCGAUAAGCCAUGGUAUGCAUCGUGGAAAAAGCAGCCUCAAUAUUAGACGAUCGGAGAAUGUGCAUCGGAAUAGACUUUGGUGGUCAAUUUACAUGCAAGAGCGGAGAUUAUGUGCGGCGGGUGGAUAUCCAAUGUCUAUUGAAGACUAUGCCAUUACCGUCGUACCGCCCUAUGAAGUCCUCGGGUUCCCAUCGGCAACAGCUUUAGAUGUCAAUGUAAAGGCGGCAAGAAUCACAGGGAAGAUUACGUCAACAAUCUACUCCCAAAAAGGUGACCCCGAAAAUACGUUUAUCAACAACGUCCAGGACAUAUUACACUCCCUCUACGAGGUUGAGAAGACGAUGCCCUCGGAAUACUCGAUGGAGAUCAAACCUUCCGGUCUCCUGGUGGCUGGACGCCCCUUUGUUGACGCGCCAACAUCAACAUCUCGGACUAGCUCCAGUCUGUACAUAUCCGUUUACUCGGCCGUCAUUCAUACGGUUCGCCCAAUUCUACUUUAUAUGGCUCGCAACAGCCGUGAUCCCGAGCGUGGAGGGUCUCGUAACGAAGUCAGCCCAGCACUCGUACGUCUGGCAGAGAUCUGCGUUGAGACAGCCAGUAAAAGCCUGGUCAUCUUGCAGGAGCUCCGAAAGAAGGAGAUUCUGGCCAAGAACGCUUUCCUCGACUUGGACGCGACCUUCUCGGUGGGAUACAUUUUCGUCCUCGUCGAGGCCAUCAACCCAGGCAAGAGUCUUGGAUUCAAGGGCAUCGAAGGAUCUAGAGCGAUUUUGAGAUACUUAGUCAGUCUGGGAAAUAGGGCGGCCGCCAACCGCCUUGCCGAGCUCGACCAGAUGUGCAUGCAUCUUGCGCUCCCAGUACAGCAGGCGACUGGGCAGACUCCACAGCAGCCGUUGACGGACCUCCUCACGCAGACGUUUUCCUUCUCGAACGGGUAUGGCAACGUUGAUCACGUUACGCCCGGUGCGGUUGAUGGGGGCUUGAGUGUUGAGGGACCGAGUACCCGUUCCGCUGAAGACGACGGAGGGACGAUGGGCUGUGGGAAUGACGACCAGACCUUCGGGCUCAGCGGCGCGGACUUGGCGAGCAUACCGCUAGAGGGCGAGAAUGGGCUCUACUGGGUAUACCACACGCCCGGGUUCUCGUUCACUGGAGUCGAGCAGACGGACUGGGAGGCGUUGGAGAACCAGAUCCCUUGGGGUAACCAGCCAUGA